GCCCUGGCGCGCGCGGUCGAUGAAGAAGCGAGCGGCGCGACGCGCAGUGAUGAGCGACGGACGACGCGCGGGAACACUGAUGUCGUCUCGCGCGGAGAAGGGCGGCGGAUUUUCCGCGCGAGCACUCAGUUCGUCUCGUCCGGAGCGCGAAUUGAAUUCGACCCUCGCGGCAUUCGUCGCCUCGCGGCACGCACGGCAGCAAGGCACGCGCGCCCGCACCGCGACCUCGCCACGCGCGUUCUCUCUCGCCACGAGCGCGUCGAAGCGAACGUCGUCGUCGAACGCGCGGAGGACGCCAUGGGACGCAUCAAGAAGAGCUCGAAGAAAAAGAAGGCAUCCGGCGGCGGAUCCGCCGCCGCCGCGAAGAGAUCCAACUCCGACGACGAGUGGGAGGAGGGCAUCACGACGAUCACGGGCGAGGAAGACGACGACGACAUGAUGGACGAGGACGACGAAGGCGCCGCCGGCGCGGACGGGCACGUCGAGACCCACCUUCUCUUCCCUCCCGCGCCCCGCGCGCGCGUCGCGUCGACGAACGAAUUCGCGCCGCCUCGCCUCGCCUCGCUCGAUCGAUCGCGACUCCCUCCGCCCUCCUCCGCUGACCCUCCCUCCCACCCCCUCUCCUCCCCCAGGACGGAAGACCUCCCGAAGCGCCCGGAGGUGUGGCGCCCCGGCGUCGACGGCAUGGACGCGGACGAGGAGCUCGAGUACGAUCCCACCGCGUACGACUGCCUCCACGCGUGGCAGCUCGAGUGGCCGUGCCUCUCGUUCGACGUCAUGCCCGACGAUCUGGGCGACGACAGGCGGCACUUCCCGCACGCGCUGUUCGCCGUCGCGGGCACGCAAGCGUCGAAAGCGCAUCAGAACAAUCUGACGCUGAUGCGCGUGACGCAGCUGCGGAAGACGAGGCGGAAAGAGAAAGAGAAGACGACGGAGGAGGUCGACGAAGACAGCGAUGCGAGCGAGUCGGAGAGCGACUCAGGUGCGUUCUGUUCUAUACACUGGUUCCCAUACGACCCCGUCGCCGUGGUGGGUCCGCGUCUGAGCGUGCAAAAGAUCACGCAUCACGGCGCGGUGAACCGAUGCCGGUGCAUGCCGCAGAAGCCCGCGGUCGUGGCGACGAUGGGGUCCACCGGCGUCGUGCAGGUGUGGGACCUCACGCCGCAGCUCACGACGCUGAUGCGAAGCGUCGGGGAGCCGGAGGCGGGGUCCAACGCGAACGCGGAUUCGACCAAGGCGACGUCGCAACGCGUCGCGCCGCGGCACGCGUUCACCGGCCACGCCUCCGAGGGCUACGCCGUGGACUGGUCCCCCGUGACCCCCGGUCGGUUGAUCACCGGAGAUAACGACGGCGCGGUGCACCUGUGGGAGCCGCGCGAGGGCGGACGGUGGAUCGUGGAUAAGAACGCGCCGUUCGCGGGGCACGCGUCGAGCGUCGAGGACGCGCAGUGGUCACCCGCGGAGAAGGACGUCUUCGCGACGGCGUCCGCGGAUCAGACGGUGUGCAUCUGGGACGCGCGGACGCGAGGAAAGCCCGCGCUGCGGGUGAAGACGCACGACGCGGACGUGAACGUGAUGUCGUGGAACCGCGUCGCGAACUGCAUGCUCGCGACGGGCGCGGAUGACGGCUCGCUGCGUAUUUGGGAUUUGCGGCGAUUCGGAAACGGCGGCAGCGGCGACGCGAACGCGUCGGGAAAGACGGGGGAGGGAUGCGUCGCCGACUUUUCCUUCCACCGCGGACCGGUCACGAGCGUGGAGUGGGCGCGGUUCGAUGGCGCGAUGCUCGCGACCGCGAGCGCGGACCACACCGUGUGCGUGUGGGACCUCGCCGUGGAGCGCGACGCCGAGGAGGAAGCCGCGGCGAUGGCCGCCGGGGACAACGCGGUGGCGCCCGAGGAUCUCCCGCCGCAGCUCAUGUUCGUGCACCAGGGGAUGAGGGAUCCGAAGGAGCUGCGGUGGCAUCAUCAGAUCCCGGGGAUGAUAUGCACGACCGCGCUGGACGGGUUCAACGCGUUCAAGGCGUACAACGUCGGGAACGACCUCCCGGCGUAG